AUGCCUCAUAAGCUGAAAGACCCAGGUAGUGUCUCCAUACCUUGUGUAAUCGGAAUGUUUGUCAUAGACAAAGCACUAUGCGACUUAGGAGCUAGUAUUAGCUUAAUGCCAUUGUCCAUAUGCGAAAGGAUUAAAAUGGGAGAACUAAGACCUAUGAGGAUGUCCGUACAACUUGCAGAUCGUUCUGUUAAAUUUCCCGUAGGUAUGUUAGAAAAUGUUUCGGUACGCAUAGGACGAUUCUAUAUUCCUACUGAUUUUAUAAUCAUGGAUAUAAAAGAGGAUUCCAACAUCCCUAUCAUAUUAGGAAGACCAUUCCUAGCUACUGUCGGAGCCAUUAUAGAUGUUAAGAAAGGCAAGCUAACCUUUGAAGUUGGUGAGGAAAAAUUCGAAUUCAUUUUAACGCAAUUCUUAAAGGCACCAGCUAUAGACGAUGCCUGUUGUCUGCUAGAUGUCAUCGACGAAUGUAUAAGAGAAAUGGAGAAUGAAAAAACAUCAUACUCCGAAAUACUGAAAAAUUCCAAGGCCUCAUACUUUUGA